CAGAGUGUCAGUAUGCUGAUCCUCCGUUGAGCUCGAACUUUUCUUAUGACUGAAAUCGCGCAUCCCUUAACAGAUUGACGUUAGUUUCUUCAUCCUUCUUUGACUUCGGGUCAUCCUGACCGAACAUAUUACACAUUGGCAGAAUGUGAGCGUAUCGAUCCUCAGCAGAGGUGGACGAUUUUCAACUUUCCACCAUGAUUUGACCAGCUUUAUCGGAGUCAUUGUGCAGAGAUGCGGUCUAGGUUACUCUCUGUGGCCUCUGGCUCAUCGCCCUUGGAGAACGUUGUUCAGCUCAUUUCUGCUGUCGUCAUUAUCUUCGAACACUCUUUCUACAUUUUCGACAAGCGGCGCCAUCUUCAGGACCAGCAAGAGUCUGUCCCCUCUUUUCAUGUCGCUCUCGAGCAAUACAUUGUGUCUCCGCAUGCAACAGCUGUCAGGGAAGCUGUGAGCACUGCUGUCCAGGCGUAUCAAGGAAGCAUACUUGCUUGGAUGGCGGUGUUACUGUUUGGACGCUCUCAUAAUGAGAAAGCGAAGGCAGAGCUAACCAAGACUAUUCUUGAAAUCACUUUAAAUCAUUGCCUGCCAAAACCUUAAUGUUGAGCAAUGCAGCACAACGUAGAUGGUGUUCCGGUUCGGAGUGGAGUUGAGGGUGAAUACGGGUACACGGGUUUCUUGAAUGGUCUGUCGAGGUAGUUUCAGGAGGUGGAACUGUGCGAAAUGGUUGUAUGAUUGUGCAAUAUGAUGAUUUCUCUGGUA